UAAAAGAGCAGCGUGAAUAUAUCGUCUUCUUCGGCUACUUAAGGGCACUUCGGUAACCUCGCCUUCCUCCUUAGUGCCUCCACUUCCCCCCUUUCCCCUCUAUCGGACGCGCCUUCGAGUGCUUUCUUCGCUGGCAUUUAGGGUUUCGAUUCACCGCAAAACCCUAAAAGUUCCUCACUGAAUCGUCGAACGCUGGGCGGAGGAAGAGGAGGGAUGGAGGAGGAUUCCAUGGUUCCGGUGGCGGAAACCCUGGCCCCGCCGACGGAUGACCCGAAGGUGACUGUUGCGGCAGCGGCUGGGAGGGCGGAGAUCGACACGUCGGCGCCGUUCGUGUCGGUGAGGGAGGCUGUGGAUCGAUUUGGUGGGAGCGCCGUCUGGAAGUCGCAGCUCAGGCAACUCUUUCACCCCGACAAACUCCAUUUCUCUGAAGAUGUUGAGGUUAUCAAAGUGGAGGAACAGGCGGCACAACUAGAAAAGGAUCUUAUCCUAAAAGAAAAAGAGACACUUGAUGUUUUAAAAGAGCUAGAAAUGACAAAAAAGAUUGUCGAUGGUUUAAAGUUGAGAUUACAGAAAGAAACCUCAGAAACCAAUAUGAUUCCAGCUACAAAUUCAGAUGGUAUAAAGUUACAUCCUGUUCCUGAAGUUGAAGAACAUGGUCCCCAUGACCCCGAGAAGAAUGUGGGUAUAGAUGACCCAAGCAUGGGGGUGAACCAGUCUCCAGGGCAGAUGCUUGUUGAACUGAAGCAGGCCAAGGCAAAUUUGAACAGGACAACAAGUGACUUAGCUGGUAUUCGAACUUCCAUUAAAAUGCUGAGCAUAAAAAUAGAAGAGGAAAAACUCUUGCUUGAGGAAACCCAGGAGAAGCUGAGCUCCAAUAAUGCUCUGAUCUCAUCACUGGAGGAUGAUCUUAAUCAGACAACAGAAAAAUUGCAAAGGGCCAAAGGUUCGGUAAAUGAGAAACCUGAAGAUCCCUCAAAUAUUUUGCAGGAAAUUAACCAAAUGAACUCUGAAUUAGAACAGUCAAGGAGGACAACUGAAGCUACUAAGUUUGACGUUACUAAGCUGGCCUCUGAACUUGAGCAGACAAAGGCAAGCAUUAAGACGGCUGACAUUCGAUGGCUCGCAGCUAAGAAGAUGGAAGAAGCAGCCAAAGCAGCAGAAGCUGUGGCUCUUGCUGACAUCAAAGCUUUAAUAAGCAGCAACGAUUCAAUCUUGGGUCUUCAGAGUGCAUGUGGUGUAACCCUUUCGAUGGAGGAAUACAUCACCUUAGCAAGCAAAGCUCAAGAAGCGGACCAAGUUGCAAGAAAGAAAGUUGAAGCUGCUGUGGUUCAAGUAGAUGAAGCAAACAUGUCUAAAUCAGAGUUACUUAUGAGGGUUGAGGAAGCAAAUUCUGAGGCAAAAAAAUGUAAGAAGGCUCUUGAAGAUGCCUUGAAGAGAGUGGAGGUCGCAACCAGAGCGAAGCUUGAAGUUGAAGAUUCUCUACAGAGAUGGAGAUCCGAGCAUGGUCAGAAGAGGCACAGCAUUCAUAACUCUACCAAAUUCAAGAACUAUGCAGCUCACCACAGGAAGGACUCCCGCGUUCUGAAUGACUCAACUUUGGUCACUGACAUGCCAAGCAGCGGUUCAAGGCAACCGUUGUCGAUCGGGCAGAUACUGAGCAUGAAGCUGAUGGGUCCUGGUUCUCCUGAAGAGUAUGAGAGGGGAGCAUGGGAGAAAGAAAAUAAAAACCCCACAGUUUCACUGGGUCAGAUGCUGAACAAAAGGCACGGGGUUCUGCCUUCCCCCAUGACCGACAACGUGUCGCUCCACAAGCAGUUUUCUGCCAAGAGGAAGAAGAUAGGCUUUGUUGGCUUCCCACUUCUCUUGGCCAAGCAAAGCAAGAAGAACAAGAAAAAGAGGCAGUCAUUGAGUACAAGAUAACUGUUGUUGGAAUGCCUGUUUUCUCAUGAACUCUGUUCGUUGUGAUGUAAUGUGUUCGAACUAUCAUUUUACUCUGAUGUAUAUAGUAUUGAAGCUACGUUUUCGUUCAAUUAGACACGAAAUGCAUGGUGGUUUCUAAAUUUUACUAUCACUGUAUAACGUUUGCAGGAAAGAUGUAUUCAGUUCA